CUCUAUAAAUAGCAAUAGGUGAAGUAGCACAUCUUUUCAUAUGAGCAGACUUGUAACUCAACAUUGCAUGAUAGUAAACAUGAAUACGAAAACGUUUAUCGUAUGGUUUCUGUUGUUAACGGCUGUUGUCGUAGCUGUCGCAGCAGAGACUUCCGUGGAUGACAAGAAAGAAGGUGCAAAGCAAGUAGAGAUACCAACUGGAAAAGGCAAAAGCGACGCUAAGGAUAGUCUCAACCAAGGAGACCUUGGGGUCGAGGCCAAGGUUGAUAAAGAAGAAGACAACAAUUAUGAAGUUGAUCAAGGAUGGAAAGGAGGCGGUGGCCGAGGGGGAGGAUGGAAAGGAGGCGGUGGUCGAGGGGGAGGAUGGAAAGGAGGAGGUGGUCGAGGCGGAGGAUGGAAAGGAGGCGGUGGCAGAGGCGGAGGAGGUGGUCGAGGAGGUGGUGGUGGAGGCGGUGCUGAGUUAGACACUGAAGAAAUAGAUAGUGCCGCAUAUGACGUACAAAAUUCUGGAGGUGGCGGAGGAGGAUGGAAGGGAGGCGGUGGCCAAGGCGGAGGAGGAUGGAAGAGAGGCGGUGGCCAAGGCGGAGGAGGAUGGAAGGGAGGCGGUGGUCGAGGCGGUGGUCGAGGCGGUGGUCGAGGCGGAGGAUGGAAAGGAGGCGGUGGCCGAGGAGGAGGUGGUGGUGGAGGCGGUGCUGAGUUGGACACCGCAGAAAUAGAUGGUGUAGCAGAGGACGUACAGAAUUCUGGAGGUGGAGGCGGAGGAUGGAAGGGAGGCGGUGGCCAAGGCGGAGGAUGGAAGGGAGGUGGUGGUCAAGGCGGAGGAUGGAAGGGAGGCGGUGGCAGAGGAGGCGGUGGUCAAGGAGGAGGGUGGAAGGGAGGCGGUGGUCAAGGAGGAGGAUGGAAAGGAGGAGGUGGUAGAGGAGGCGGUGGUGGGGGUGGAAUGUAGAAUCGACCGUCUCUACUCACAACUGCAAACGAAAUAUUAUGAGUAGAAAUGUAAGUGUAUGCAAAAUAGUGAACUAUAGUAAAUAAGUUUGAUGCACGGUCUACCUAUCAUGCAGGACUGAAGGCAUGUACGUUAUAUCCUCUUCGGCUCUUCCUAUAAUCAAUAUAUCUUAGCAGUUGAGUGUUA